AUGUGCGGUGGGCCAAGUUGUCGUCUCAUCAGUGCAACGAAUGCUUGCGACAGGUUUCCUCAAGUUAGUGUAACACCAAGGCCCGAGCCAAAUCCUGCCGAUAGGGACGAACAUGCACUCUGGCUGCAAGAAUAUCAGCAGUGGGGAGAUGUCAAGUGCGCUUGCGGUGAUGGCUACUUUUGUCGGCGUCAUGCAAUCUGGAUUCCAGGUAGCGACGUUAAGGACGGGAUUGCAUUACCGCGUGAAAGGCAGCACGAAGGUUGUCCCAGCAGUCACUACCAGCCCACGCGCCGCACAGAAGUAGUAGCAGAUACAGAACAGGCAGCCAAUCUGGAAGAUCGUCGGCAACAAGGCAAGGACACUCGCAGAUCCUCAGGUCGGCACUCAACCUCUCGAAGCCAGACUAGUUCCAGAGAUGAACCCGAAAGGCCAUCAGCCAGUUCAUCUUCCCGGCAUAAGAGGUCUAGAAGUGAUAGACCUCCUGUCAGUAGCGACAAUCGUCGGAAUGAACGGGCAAGUGAUGAGGCUUCUGCUAGGUCAUCAGGAGGGUCUUCUCGUCCGCCAAGGACUUCUACAAGUGGAAGAAGCAGGAGAGACUCCACGUCCCGCCGGCCCGCGGCUGCCAGUGAUGAGGGAUAUAAUCAAUAUCAGGGAAGGGACAACCCAUUCAGUCCGAUAUCUGGGGCCAAUACCCAAAGUAGAAGCUCCAACCAACCAAGGCAGAGGACAACAUACCAAGAGACUCCAAGCACUUAUGACGAUUCUACUGCUUUUGGCCGCUACCCAACCAUGGCAAGCAACACUUCAAGAACUAUUCAACCUCCAUACCAAGAUUCAGCUUCAUAUAGCCAGCCAUCUCCAUACUCACAACAAUUCGCAUAUGGGCAACAACAGGCCUUUGGACAGCAAGAUCCAUACCAAACCCAACCAGCCCCUCAAUCACUGUCUUAUGGACAACAGACAUCAAUUCCACAAGGUUUAUACCGUCAGGAGCCAGCAAGACAGCAAAUGCAAUAUCAACAACAAUCUGCAAACCAAGAUCCAUCCAUAACUCCAAGGCCCUCAAACUCAUUUCAGCAACAGCCCGCAGCACAGCAACAGCCAUAUAAUCAACAACCAGUAUACCAACGCCCAACCAGGACUUCAAGAGUUGCACCAUCAUACCAGCAGCAAUCAAGCGCACAACAAAGUACAUACGGACAGCAAAGCACAAGGCAACAAGAACCAGUUACUUAUGAACCAGAAGUCCAAAAUGAGCCGCCACUGCUGUCGUCAUAUAACCCGCAACCCCCGUAUCAGACAUAUUCCUACUAUCAAAGUCCCGGUAGAGCUACAACGCGAAACUACUCAUCAUACGAUACGGAAACAAGGCCCCAAGAGAAUCUUGAGACAAGAAUGGCGAACGUGAGGCUUGAUGAGGACUCAUACAGGCCGGAUAACUACGAUGAUGGGCUUUCAUCUGAGGAGGAGCCCGUUGAAUACGAUUCAACCCUGAGACGUCGGAGAAAUAGAGGGAGUGGCGGACAGUGA